AUGUUACAGACUACCCAGGUCGAAGACAUAAUUUUAGUUGAGAAACAUAUUUCUCCAUCACUUUCAACCAUCAAUGACUCUUCUCCCAUCAAAAAAACCACCACUACCACCAUAAAAACCACAUUAUCCGCAACGUUAACAAAUGAUGAUGAAUUGAAUAGAUUACAAAGGAAGAUAGCGAAACGUGUUGUUACCUUUCAACCUCGUAGAUCACAAUUAGAUCGUGAAACUUUGGACUCUCAUCAAGAUUCAUUUCGAGGAUUUUUUACAUUAUUUUGGAUAGCAAUGGGAUUUUAUAUAAUCCAAGCCGGUGUAAAAAAUUUUCAAUCAGCAGGAAUUUUAGUGGAUUUAUCAUUUUUUCGAUUAUUUUCACAAGAUGCAAUAGGGUUAAUAUUAAGUGAUAUGUGUAUGGUCGGAUCAAUGUUUUUUGCAGUUUUACUACAAAAAGUGAUUGCACGUGGAUGGAUCAGAUGGCGAUAUACCGGAAUGAUCAUUCAACACAUUUUUCAAGUUAUGUUUCUGUUUGUUCCUACAUAUUGGACGUUCUUUAAAGGUUGGCCAUGGGUACAAAGUGGUUUCUUUGUUCUUCACACUAUUUCUAUGUUGAUGAAACUUCAUUCUUACGCUUUUUAUAACGGCGAGCUGUCUACGUACGCUAUUCGAUUUUCUGAAUUGAAGGAAAGAUAUGCUAAUUUGGUUGGAGAAUCAAAGAAAUCCGAUAUUGAGGUAGAUGAAAAGAAUGAGAACCAAAGACAAAUUUUGGACCAAUUAGAAGAAAAGAUUAAUCAAGUUGAAGGUUACCUUCAUAGUCCAUCGAAGAACAUUUGUUAUCCCGAAAAUGUAACUUUUUUGAAUUAUGUGGACUUCUUGUUGGUUCCAACUUUAGUUUAUGAAUUAGAAUAUCCAAGAACUGAAAAAAUUCGUCCUUGUUUUGCUGAUCGUAAUUUUUAUGAUGACUGGUGGAACAGUACAACAUGGGAAGAAUUCGCAAGAAAAUGGAAUAAACCCGUACAUCACUUUUUAUUACGACACGUGUAUCAAUACUCAAUUGAGUCAUAUAAAUUAUCUAAAAGAGAUGCUACAUUUAUGACAUUCUUUUUAUCAUCUUUAAUACAUGAACUUGUUAUGGUCGUAGUAUCUAAAAAAAUCAGAAUGUACUUAUUUGUCUUGCAAAUGCUUCAACUUCCUUUAAUCUGGUUAAGCAAAUUACCUACAAUUAAAGAAAAAAAAUGGCUCGGUAAUGCAUUCUUUUGGUUUGGAUUAUUUUUAGGACCACCAUUGUUAGGAAUCUUAUAUUGUAGAGAAGUAUUUGCUUCGGAUUAA